AUGCUGAAGAACCAUUCUUACGUUUCACACUUGUCCCAUGAUCAUUCCCAUGGUCCGCCAGCUUCUUUGUCUCGAGUGGCCCAAAUCCCAUCGGUUCAGUGCGGCAGCAGCAACCCCACCCCCCGUCGCGACGGCGCUAGCAUUUCCACCGCCUCCAGCCGCGCGGAAGACCUCCCCGCAGCAACUGCCAAGCCCGGCCGCCCGGCCAGGGCUCGCAAGGAUGCUACUGACGAGGGCAACGGCAGCGCUGUUGAGAAAACCGACCCCAUUCGCCGACGCACCCGCGCGAGCAGCAGCAGUGGAGCUAAGGACAAGAAGAUCAAGAAGACUAAAGGUGACGGAGACGCGGAGGAGGAUUCAGCGGCUGCGGGGGUAUCGGGGGGGGAGAGGAGGCGGAAGAGCAAGGCGGCGUUGAGCGAGAAUGAGAUUCGGCUGGCGCAGCUGCGACAGGAGCUGCAGGCGGCGCUGGAGGAGCGCCAACGCCUCGCCGCGUUGCUGCAGGGGAAGGCGGAACCGGAGGAGACGGCAGCUGCGCAGACCGUGCGCACGCCUGUGGGAGCGGGGGAGGCGGCGGCAGCAGCCGCCGUGCGGAAGGCGUCCGCGGAAAGGGCGCGGGACGAGUCGUUGGCGCUGAAAAAGGAACGAGAGGCGCUGAGAGCGGUGCAGGCGGCGGAGAAGGCGGAAGAGGAAGCUGCGCUGGCGCGCGAGCGGGAAGAGGCCGCGGCGGGGAUGCGCGAAGUCGCAGCGGCACGCGCGCGUGCUGAUGCGGAGGCGAAGGCGGCAGAAGAAGCAGCGGCGAUGGCGAGCCGUGAAGCGGCCGCACGAGCAAGGGAGGAAGCAGACGCGCGCGCUAGAGCAGAAGCCCUAGCGCGGGAGCGCGCGGAGGCGGAGGCGAAGGCGCGGGCGGAAGCAGCGAAAAUGGUGGAGCUGCCGCGGCAAGAGCAGCUGCGGAAGCUGCAGCAGGAGCACGAGUUCAUCGCCGCGAAAAUGUUCUUCUACCCCGGGCAGGUGGAGCCGGGCAAGCCCGUCGAAAUCUUCUUCCACCGCCCGGCGAGCGUGUUGAAAGACAAAUCUGGAGUGAACGUUGUCGGCGCGUUUAACAACUGGCAGUGGCAGCCGUUCAAAGCGGAGCUCAAGCCGUCCGCGGAGGUGCCUAACGACUGGUGGACGUGCCGCAUCCAGGUUCCGGAAGAGGCGUAUCAGGUGGAUUUCGUAUUCCACAGCACGGACAACGUGUACGAGAACAAUGGCGGGCAGGACUUCUAUAUCGCCGUGACUGGCGGCAUGGGCGAGGCGGAGUUUGAGACCAUGCUCAAUGAGCGCAAGCGGGAGGAGGCAGAGCGGGAGGCCGCGGAGGAGGCGGAGCGGGAGCGGCGCGCGGCGGAGGAGCGCAGGGUGGCGAAGCUGAAGGCGCAGCAGGAGGCGGAGCGGAAGCAGGCGCGCGACAUGGCGAACGACGCGCGGAACCGGCUGGGGGAGAUGCGGCGCACGUGUGGCACGAGUCUUCAGGGCGUGUGGCGCGUGGAGGAGGUGGGGCGCACGGAGGGGGGCGAGCGCGUUGUGCGGCUGCUGUAUAACAGGGCGGGUCGACUGCUGGCGCGGAGUGGCGCGGUGUGGGUGCACGGAGGGGUGAACGGGUGGCAGGACGGGCUGUCCGCAACGGGCGAGCUGAAACCAGAUAACCAGGAGAACGGCGACUGGUGUCCUCCCUUCCGCCCCGUCUCCCUUCAUCACUCACCCUCUUUCGCCCAAUCCUAUAUCCAUGCCCCCCUCACUCUCCCCGUAUUCUCCCGCCCAUCCCCGUUCCCCCCUCCCCCCUCAGUGACGCUGCCGGCGGACGCGGUGGUGCUGAACUGGGUGAUGGCGGACGGGGCGGUGGGCAAGGCGGGCGCGUACGACAACAACGGGCGCAAGGACUUCGCCGCCAGCGUGGGCAGCGACGACGACGCGCGGAAGCUGUUUGACGAGCUGGAGGAGCGCCUGCUGGUGAAGCUGGAGACGGAGCGCAUUGCUCGUGAGGAGCGCGAGGCCAAGGAGGUGAGAGAUGGGGUGGGAGGGAGGGUUGGCAGCGGUGGGUGUGCUUAG